AAAAGUAAAGUUGUCACCGGCCCUAUUGCCAUUUCGGUAGACGCCGGUCACUGCCACUUUCAGCUGCCAAACACAAAAAGCACUCAAUACGCGUUUUCUUUCCUUGCUUUCUCUAUAAACAAAGUACGAUAGUACAUAAGCACAUUUUUAGUAAGUGGCUAGUGGAGAAAAUCCUUAAGUCUCUGCUAUAUACUUCCUUGCUUUUGUGCAUGCAAAUGCAAGCGCAGUCUGCUGCCACCAUGGAAAUAUUGUCUCCAUUAAUAUUUAUCUUGUUGUUAACGACUAUUUGGCUAGUGCCUGUAAUUUGUGAUGAUAGUGGGCAUUCAUCAGCUGUUGGAGAUCCAGGAAUGAGAAGAGAUGGAAUGAGAGUAGCCUUAGAAGCUUGGAAUUUUUGUAAUGAAGUUGGCGAAGAAGCACCUGGAAUGGGUAGCCCAAGAGCUGCUGAUUGCUUUGAUCUUUCUGGUAGUUCUUUGAGUCACAAGGUAACCGAGUCGGAUAAUAAGCUUGGGAUUGGCAAGGCAUUCCCUGACCUGAAAGCUAAGGCUAAGAAUGAUCCGGACUUGUAUGCUGCUGAGAAGGAACUCUAUCUGGGUUCAUUGUGUGAAGUUGAUGACACCCCAAGGCCUUGGCAAUUUUGGAUGAUAAUGUUGAAGAAUGGCAACUAUGACACAAAAUCUGGUCUUUGCCCAGAGAAUGGGAAAAAAGUACCCCCUUUUAAGCCUGGAAGAUUUCCUUGUUUUGGGAAGGGAUGUAUGAAUCAACCUAUCCUCUUUCACGAACUCACUUCUUUAUUUGAUGAUGAUAUUAUGAAGGGAGGUUUUAAUGGUACGUAUGAUUUGGGUUCUACAGCUGAUAGCAGCAGUAGUUCCUUCUUUGAGGUGCUUUGGGAAAAGAAAGUUGGCAUAGGGGGUUGGGUAUUUAAGCACAAACUCAGGACAUCCAAAUUGUAUCCAUGGCUAAUGUUGUAUCUUAGAGCCGAUGCAACCAAAGGGUUCUCCGGAGGCUACCACUAUGACACCAGAGGAAUGUUAAAAACUCUGCCGGAGUCACCUAAUUUUAAGGUCAAAUUGACCUUGGAUGUGAAGCGAGGGGGAGGAUCCAAGAGUCAGUUUUACUUGAUAGAUAUUGGCAGUUGCUGGAAGAACAAUGGUGCUCCGUGUGAUGGAGAUGUGCUCACUGAUGUUACCCGAUACAGCGAGAUGAUCAUCAAUCCAGAAACUCCAGCUUGGUGCAGCCCCUCAAAUAUUGGCAACUGCCCCCCUUUCCACAUCACACCAAACAAUACUAAAAUCUACAGGAAUAACACCUCUAACUUCCCUUACUCGGCUUAUCACUAUUAUUGUGCUCCUGGGAAUGCUGAGCACUUGGAAAAGCCAUAUAGCACAUGUGAUCCUUACAGUAAUCCCCAGGCACAGGAGCUACUUCAGUUGCUGCCUCAUCCAAUAUGGGCAGACUAUGGCUAUCCAACUAAACAAGGAGACGGCUGGGUUGGGGAUGGAAGAACAUGGGAGCUUGACGUCGGUGGCCUUUCUAGCAGACUUUACUUCUAUCAAGAUCCAGGUACAACUCCUGCUAGAAGAAUAUGGACAUCUGUGGAUGUGGGAACAGAAAUUUUUGUUAGCAACAAAGAUGAAGUGGCAGAAUGGACUCUGAGCGACUUUGAUGUUUUACUCACCUUGUAAAACCAAAAUAAAAUUAUCAUUCCAUUUAACAUUGUAACAGUAGCCAAAGCAAAAUCCAAUAGUGGGACAAGGCUUCGUCAUUGAUCUUGAUGUGCAAAGGUUCAUCUUUCUAUACUAGAUCUACAUCUGUUGGUGUAAUCUUGUUUACCUUAGUUCCUUGACUCAGAAGAGACUAGGAUAAAGAAAAAGUAACUGUUUUGUUUUUGCUAUAUUUUCGUGGACUUUCUGGA